AUGCCUACCUGGACGAAAGAAACUCUGUCGCCUCCCUGGCCGAAGCCCCAUGGCGUUCAGCUUUGCACUCCAGAAGCAUACGAGGCUGCCCAUCGCGCUCAUGGCUCGAACCGUCUUGACAAGCACAGACCCGGCGGUCUCGUGGAGCAGAGUGGAGGCGAAACGAAUCGUCGAGCGGGCGUGUAUGGGAUGAUGGAAACAGACGAUUAUUCGCCUGUCGUACCUAAGGACACAGUCAACGCGGCUGAAAGCGAGGAUGGCGAGGACGUGGAUUGGCGCGAGAAGCUGCACAAAAACGACACAUUUGCGAGUGUCCGGGACGUCAAGAAUGCGUCCGCCAACUUCAAAGUCAUGUAUCCCAGGAACCACGCGUUCGCGCGAUACGUACUACCCGUAGCUGAGAGCGAAAUCAAAGAACAAGAGUGGCCAGGAAAGAAGCAUGGCGACGACAAGACUUCACCCUCUACUUCGACAUCCGCCUCGUCUAUCUCAUCUGGGAUGGCUUCAUCGGACGAGCAGAAGAGCGGCGACGAGGCGCACGAGACCGAGGACAAACCGAAAGAGCCCGAGCUUUCUGACGAGCAACGCAUGUUCAUCGACAAACUCCUCGCAGAAAUGGACAUGGUGGCUUCCUUCAAGAACAACCCCGGCCGUCCGACGGGGGAGCUAAAACUGCUCGAUCACGACGCUCUCCAGCAGCUCGAGAGCCGUCUGAGCAUUGAUGACCAGAGCACGCCCGACUCCUGGAUACCGCGAUCCGCAGAGCUUCUACGCUUGACGGGGAAGCAUCCUCUCAACGCAGAAGCUAACCUAUCAAGACUAUUUGAAGCCGGCAUGAUUACUCCUACGAAGCUCCACUACGUUCGCAGCCAUGGGUCUGUUCCUCAGCUGAUGUGGGAGACGCAUACACUCUCCGUCUUCUCGGACCCUCCACAAAUUAUAGCUCAACCUAAGGAUUGGUCAAUGGACGAGCUCAGCUCCGGCAAUCUCAAGGUUGUCGAGAUGCCUAUCACUUUUGGAUGCGACGGAAAUCGUCGGAAGGAAAUGAACAUGAUCAAGAAAACCUCAGCGUUCCACUGGUCUGCAGCAAGCAUGUCGACUUGUUUGUGGCGCGGGGUUCUCGUUCGCGAUGUACUACUUGCAUGCGGCCUUCAAGACCAGCCGGACGAAGAGCGAUGGUACCUCAACUUCGCGGGUGCAGACGAGCCCUCUGAAGGGCCGUACGAGACAUCCAUUCCCCUGAUGCACGCAAUGAAUCCCGCCAACGACGUCAUGCUCGCCUUCGGUAUGAACGGGCGCGUCUUGCAUCCCGACCAUGGAUAUCCGUUACGUCUCAUUAUACCGGGAUACGUCGGCGGGCGACAAGUCAAAUGGCUUAAGAAGAUAUGGGUGACGAAGGAGCCAAACCGCUCCCAUUAUCAUAUUUGGGACAACCGAGUGGUCCCCACGUUCAUUGAUUCUCGCGACCACCCUUAUGCAAACGUAUUCUUUCACCACGAGAGCACUGCGUGUUGGGAGCAGGCCUUACAAUCAGCCAUCGUGAAGCCAGCGCACGACGAAUGUAUCCCGCUCUCCGGCAAGGGGAGCCUCGACGCUACAUACUUGUUCGAAGGCUACGCGUACGGCGGCGGCGGAGAUCGCGUCGAACGGGUCGAGUUGUCUUUGGACGGUGGGAAGACCUGGAAGUACUGUUUCCGUCGCUUCACGGACUCGCCUCUUCGUCACGGCGAGAAGUAUUGGGCAUGGAUAUUCUGGUCGUGCGAAGUGAAGGUACAGGAGCUUGUCGACGCAUACGAGAUCAUCGUACGCGCUCAGGAUAGUAGAAAGAACUACCAGCCCGAAAAUAUCUCUUGGAACCUCAUGGACGACGCGUGGCUCAUCCUGGAGAACCAGGUGUACGACGUAACUUCUGUUUUAUCUUGGCAUCCUGGAGGCGCGAACGCGAUCUUAUCAUAUGCCGGGAAGGCCACGGUCGACGUUACCAACGAGUACAAGGGCAUCCAUGACAACUAUGCGAAUGGCAAGCGCGACGAAUGCCUCAUCGGCAUGCUCUCAGACGAGGGCAUUAAAGCGAUGGAAGAGGACGCAGUACGUGCGGCCGAAGAGCUGGCCAAGAUCAAAGCCGAGCGUCAUGGCGCCGCGCUUCAGCCAGACGUGUUCACGCUUGCGAAGCUUGUGAAACGAAAGGAGCUUUCCUCCGAUACUAGGGUGUACACGUUCGAACUCCCGCGUAAGGAGGACGGCAGCCCGGGUGUGCUCGGGCUACCUGUUGGCCGCCAUGUCCAGAUCUCCGUGCAUUUCAAGGACCAAGCUGUCUUGCGGAGCUAUACGCCUACCCGGCCCGUUCUUCCCAGCGAGGAGGAUGGCACUUUCGACCUGCUCGUGAAGACCUACUUGCCGUCAACCGAUAGCCCCUUCCCGCCAGGGGGAACCGUGUCGAACUACUUGGACUGCAUGAAAGAAGGCGAAGAAAUCGAUAUUCGCGGCCCGUCCGGCGGUAUCACGUACAAGGGUCACGGUGAUUUUGAUAUCGAAGGAAUCGAAUACCACUUCGACAAGGUCAACCUCGUCGCAGGCGGGAGCGGGCUGACUCCCCAUUGGCAGCUUGUCCAUGCUGUUCUAAUGGAUCCCUCGGACAACACCCUCGUGUCUCUCAUUGACAGCAACAAGACUUACGACGAUAUCUUGAUGCGAGACGAGCUACAGAAGUAUGCAGAGGAGCAUUCAGAUAAAUUCAAGAUAUGGCAUGUCAUCUCUGAUCCGCCAAAGGAGAAGACCAACGUCAAGUUCACGGAAGGUCGCCUCAAUAAAGACAUCAUGGAGGAACAUUUCUAUCCGGCUGCCGACAACGUCGCAGCUUUCUUGUGCGGACCUCCCGGCCUCAUUGAGAAGGCCGCCGUACCAGGCCUCAAAGAGAUGGGAUUCGAGGACGGCAGGACGAUCUUCGGGUAUUGA